AUGCCAAUGUUAUACGAAGCCUUUAGGGAUAUUUUUUUUGGAGGUAUUGCUGGAGCAGUUGGUAAGGUAGUUGAAUAUCCAUUUGAUACCAUAAAAGUACGAUUGCAAACUCAACCCCACCAUGUUUUCCCCACAACCUGGUCAUGUAUCAGGUACACAUAUGCAGAAGAGGGUCUCUGGAGAGGUUUCUACCAGGGUAUCUCUUCGCCACUUUUCGGAGCUUUUUUAGAGAACGCUCUACUAUUUGUAUCGUUCAAUAUAGGUAAACAUCUAACGGAUGUAUACACUGAUUUUGAUAUUUUGACUAAAACUGUUCUUGCAGGUGCGUUUGCAGGUGCAUGGGCUAGUUUGGUGUUGACACCUGUAGAGUUAGUCAAGUGUAAGUUGCAGGUUUCUAAUUUAGAGAACUCAGCAUCGGAACGUGUUUCGGUAUUGGAAACCGCUCGAACUGUUGUUCGGGAACGUGGGUUCGGUGGACUAUGGCAGGGGCACUGUAGUACCCUACUGCGAGAAUGUCUUGGAUGUGCGGUUUGGUUCACAACUUUUGAGACAUUGAAGAACUGGUUUUCUUCUACAGGGGAUGGAAUCGAAAACACACCAUGGGAACUACUAAUAUCAGGUGCCUGCGCUGGUGUAUGUUUCAAUGCUAGUGUCUUUCCGGCAGAUACUGUCAAAUCUACUAUGCAAACUGAGCAUGUCAGUUUCUCCUCUGCAAUUACAAUAAUUAUGAGUAACAAUGGGCCGAUGGGGUUCUAUCGGGGAAUUGGAAUAACAUUGCUCAGGGCUGUACCGGCAAAUGCUGCAAUAUUUUACAUCCACGAAAGGCUUUCCAAACUGUGA